AGUCGCUUAAAGCGUCUGAUAAAUAAAGAAAUGUAAUACAGCUCUGUGUAAUAGACAGUUGAUAUUUGUCAAGCCUUGUCAAGGGGACUUAAAGUUAAAGAAUUGCUGCUGAGGCUAAUCUCAGCCAGAGAGUCGGGAGUUGCUCAGGCUGGAGGCGCUGGGUUAAUGCCACAAACAAUGGCAAUAAUAUUACCAAACUGAAAAGCAGACUACACAUUGGUAAAUGCGAUAUCUAAUUACUUUUCGACAAUCAAUGUGUUCAGUUUGGGAAAAACGAAUUUGCAGUGCGGCGGUAAACGGUGAGCUCUUACUGCAGCCCGCUAGCUUUAGCAUUAGCGUUAGCGUUUUCCCGCCGCGGGUGAGUUACUUGCACCAGGAAGUCCUUGUCGCUGCGGCUCACAGCCGUGUUUGUUGCUAAACAAAAAGCUGUAAUCCUCAUAUCCAGUAGACCUAACUUGCCGCGUUACCUGAGCUGCUACUGCAGCUCUGGCCUUUUCAGAGAAACGGAAUACAGCCAGUGAAGUGUUCGUUGCGAGUUGCGGAGUUGCUGUGUAUAACAGUGGAGUCUCUGCUCUUAGCGACCGCGCGUCGCAGGCAGGCAGGGACACCGCUGCUCCGCUCUGGCUCCAUGAGGGGAGCUAAAGGUAAAGCUGCCCCAGCUACUGCUGGCGGCUGCCCUGGCCGUGGAGGGACCGGACCGUCGGCGUCGCCCCGGCUGAGGCGGACGGGGAGUGUGACCCGAACCGGCAUGAUGAUGGUGGUCAAAAAGACCGAAAACCGGGUGUGUUACACCUGGACCAGAGGUGGAAGACUGAAGGAGCUGAGAAGAAGAAAUAUCGCCCGAAAGUUUUUGUACCUGUGGAUCAGGAAGACUUUUGGCCGCGUCCAUCCAUCCAGAGCUCGAUCUCACCAUCAGCAGGCUGUGUUACGGACAGCGCUGGAGGGGUGGAGGGAUGAGUGGUGGGUCACCAGAAAGGAGUGGACGUUGUCUGUGCGAGCUGAGUGUCAUUACAGGUUCCACCUGUAUAACCAGGCAUUUUGUAACUGGAGGAGGUACGUGUGUAUGAGGAGGGAGAAGAAAAGGACACUGAAAAGACUAGACAGUUAUGCAGAGGGAAAAAGGCUGCGCAUGGCCUGGGAAAGCUGGCACGUUUAUAUUGGCACACGCAGGACCAAAGCCAGGAUGCAGGAAUCAGCUCGGCAGCAGCGAGAGCGCACAAUCCUCCGGUAUGCAAUGGGCCUCUGGAGGAGACAUCUACAGCUCCGACAAGAAUGGUGUUUGAUGGAGGAAGAAGCCCUACAGCACUGGGCCUUGGGCCUGCAGAGCAGGGCGUAUCUUCAGUGGAGAGCAGUGUACUUGCAAGCCUGCUACAGGAGGAACUUGGAGUCCAAAGCCUGGGUGCACUACGGCCGUGUACUGAAGCAAAGCGCUCUAAGUUCUUGGGCCUCUUACUUGCACUGCCGUCAUGCAAAGAAAGAACAACAACUUGUAGCCAAACGCACACAGCAUCUCAAUGUGCUGAGGCACUACUGGCACGCAUGGCGAGGUGCCCUCCACUGCAAACAGAAUGAGAGAAACAGGUGGCAGGCCAUGUCCAACUUGGCAAGGAGGAACAUCCAACGCCUUGCACUGUAUCACUGGAGAACCUAUGUGGAGCAGUGUUUUGAGCAGAGAGAGAGAUACCAGCUUGCUAAGGAGCACUACAGGACAUGCCUACUGCGAGCUGGACUUAAGCUGUUGACCCAGAAUGUGAUUAAUAACAAGGCACACCGUGUCAACAUGAACCUUGCCAUCCAGCAGUGCCAGCACAGCGUCACUGUCUGUUUCUGGAAUCAGUGGAGACAGAGGUAUGAGGAGGAGGAAGAUAGGAAGACAAAACCAGACUGUGACAGAGCAUUCAGACAUUACGGUAUGACAUUGCUGAAGUCGUCACUGCAUCGAUGGAGGACAUGCCUGAUUCACCAGAGACUAACAAAAGAGAUGGAACUACGGGCUGAAAGCUGCUUUGCUAGGCGUGUUCUGUCACAGUGUCUCAGCGCCUGGGGCAAUUUUGUUACAACGCAGAAGCUGAACAGGGAAAGGAAGGUGUUGGCAGAAGUCCAUUAUCGACAGAAGACCUACACGUGGACUUUCUAUACCUGGUGGGAUCGUUCAGUGGAGAAGAGGGAGCAGCAGCUGGCUGAGAGAAUGGCACUUCUGCAUGCAGACCGCUCUGUCCUGAUGCGUGCCUUUGUGCACUGGCAGCGAAGGGCAGAUGAAGAGAGACAGCAGGGGGAGAAACGGGGAGCAGCGGAGAAGCUGUACCUGCAUUCUCUGGCUCACAAGACCUUCAGGGAGUGGAGAGACAACGUGGCCACCAUUGUAGCUCAGAGGGACAGGAUGGAGCAAGCAGUGAGACAUAACGACAUGAUCUGCAUUAGACAAGCCUUUACCUGCUGGAGAAAGUACAUCCAGUACAGAAGAUCGAAGAGCAGAUUGACUGAACAAAUGGACAACUACUACAGUAACAGACUGCUGGCUCACAUGCUGGAGGGGUGGAAGCAUUAUCACCAGCACACGCAAGCAGUUUACCACACAGUGGAGGAGCUCAAGAGAUGGCAGCAGCUGCAACUUCUCAGGAGGGUGUUGAGAGUGUGGAGGGAGAAUGCUGUUCAGCUAGCAAGAGAGAGGCAUAAAGAGCAGAGGGCCAGCCUGCACUAUCAGCAGUCUCUGCUCUCCAAGGUCCUGCUGACAUGGAGGAAUACCACUGACCAAGCCCGCAGAUCUCGACAAUGCCAGAAGGAGGCUGUGGGGAAAGCACAGGCUCAGCUGCAGCGAGUGUUGCUGCAGCAGCUGUUUACGCGAUGGAGGGUACGAGGCAGGGAGGUUGCUACGGAGAGGGUGGGGAUGGAAAAGGCCAGGAGAUAUCACUGCACGGUUCUCCUCAGAACGAGCUUGAAGACCUGGAGCGAAUAUCAUCGAACAAAGCAGCGCCUGUGGAUCAUGCAAAAACAGGCCAAAUGCUUCCUGAUUCACAAAACCUGUCUGCGACACUUCACCUGCUGGAGAAGACAGCUGUGUCUGAAGCGUGCUGAGGCAGAGCACACUGAGGUGGCGCUCUGGUACUGGUCACUCAACUUGCAGGCCAAGGUUUUACAUCUUUGGAGAGACUGGGUCAGAGAGCAGCAGCGGAAGCAGAACCGCCUAGCCCAAGCAGUUCAGUUCUACCGAGACAGCUUGUUAAGAGAGGGCACAGUACACAUCCUUACAUACAGUGCAGACAUGGCCAGGUUCCGUGCCAGUCUAGCGCAGCAUAGCCAAGAGCAGAAUUUGCAUCGACUGCAGACAACAGUGUGGCGCUGUGCUAUGCGUUGGAAGCAGCAGGCCUUGGGUGAGGCAGACAGAGGCCAGAGGGCUCACCAAAAGAGGAGUGUGUCUUUUAGCUUCUCUCAACCUGGCCCAGAAGAUUCUGGACAGACCAGAUGUCUGAGUCAUGCUGCUGAAGAAAGGCCAAACAACCCCAUUGCCAACCAGAUAUUAUAUUUGAAGGCUUCAAGGUUACAGCCACGCCGAUCUGAACAUCUGCUGCAGUCCUGGGAUUCAAAGCUGCAACAGAUUGCCACACAAUGCAGCACCCAGGAACUGACAUCCACUUCUAAACCAUCAUCCUGCAGUCAGGGAAGGAGCCAUGAUUCUGGCAGCUCCCCAGCACCACCAAUACCACUGACCUAUGGGCCAUUUCUUCCUGGGCCCUCGGGUUUCCAGUCAGAACCUCCCAGCCAUGAGCUGCUGUUGCCUCCGUCUUGCUUCAUGGUCUCCUGUAAACCCCAGAAGCAUGUUUGCCAAAAACCAGAGGCCAAACCUAGUUGUCAUUCAAAAGCUGACAAGAACGCUGUUUAUACAGUGGAUGUUUGUAAUAGGUCUGAUGAUGAUGAGAAGGAGGAGGAAAGUGAAAAGACUAUUUUAAAGCCUUCUGCUGACCACAACAUUGCACUCACCAAAGAGCUACUCGGUAUUAGACAGGAGAUGCAGCGCUUUCAGGACAAGAAGAGGCAGCUCCAGACAUGGCGAAAACUAGCAGAGGUGUUAAGGAGUUGGCUGCAGACGAGUGCAAGCGAUGAUGAUGAGAGCUGUUCCACAAGGCUGGAGCUGGAGGAGCUCGAGGAUCGGAUAAAAAGGCUUGCAACAAAACUGGCAAAAGAAAAGGUAGCCAUGCAGGGUCAUGCUGCAAGGAUUCAUGACAUAACCAGCAUGCUGCAGGAAGCAUGUCAUUGCACAACUGGAACUGCGACUCGCACCGCACAACUGGAGUGAGUGCAGCAGCGUCAGCUUUACAUUUCAGAGCACUAGAAUUAUGGCACUAUUAACAGG